AUGGCUCGUCGUGGCAAGCGAGCGACAAUUGACGACGAUGAUCCGGACACUUCGUCCGCCUCGGAUGAGCUGGUCGACGACGAUGAUGACUUGGGUCAAAGCGUCGACAGAGAUGACGCCGAGGCGUUGGCAGAGUACCGUCGUACGACUGGCAAGCGGAAGCGUCAAUCUCGCCAGGCAGCCCAAGCAGAGGCACUCUAUGGUUCGUUUCUCGACGAUGACGCUUAUCAGAGGCCUUCCAAUGCCGCCUCCACGCGCAAGCUCAGGAAACCCCAAGCGUUUGUUGCAGCGACAGACUCGCACGCCAACCGUCCGCUCGAAGAAGCCGACGCUGCCAUCGCUUCACGGCUCGAGCGUGAUGCCGAAAUUCAAAUCCUCGACAAUCUCGCGCCUGCCAUUGUAGAGCCGGCAACCCUCGCAGAUCGUACAGCCACGCCAGAGUCUGGUAGUGACAUGGACGAUGCAGACACCAGCGAGGAAGAGGCCAAGGUAGAACGCGUACGCGAGGGAGGAGACGAAGAUGAACAGCCUGAUCAGAUCAGGAGCAUGGCGGGCAUAGGCGCAGCCAGGCCAGGCUUCGCGCCACCGCCAUCGCUUGCGAGUGGAGUGCCCUUCUCCUUUGGCAAGACUGACGACGCUCAGCGGCAGCGACGUUCCUUCCUGGGGGCGCAGCCGAGCUCGAACCCUACGAUAUCCAAGCCGUCUUUCGUUUCCAGAGAGGAGCAGAAGCAUUUUGCGCAGCUCGAAAACCAAGGCGGCAUCGGCUUCAAGCUCCUUCAGCGGAUGGGCUGGUCUAAUGGUUCUGGAUUGGGGCAGAGUGGCGCGGGCAUCAUUACUCCCAUCGAGGUCAAGAAGCGACCCGAGAAGAUGGGCAUCUCUUUCGACGGCUUCAGCGAGCGCACUAAGCAGUCAAAAGACGAGGCCAGACGGCGAGGUGAAGCCGUCUCGGACGAGGAGAAUUCGCCGACCUCUAGAAAGCAUGCAAGAUCACGCAAGGCUGCGACAAUUACCGCUGCACCCAAAGCUGCAGACAGGGCAGAAGCCUGGAAGAAGCCGCAGCGAUCGAAGAAGAACAGGAUCGAGCAUCGCACCUAUGACGAGAUACUGAAAUCGGCAGGUCAGUCGGAGCAAGACACAGGCAUCGGCCAAAUUGUCGACCUGAGCGGCAAUGCCCUUCCUUCCCUCUCUUCUCUCUCGAUGGAUGUACCUGUGCCAACAGCGGAUACCACUCGCUUGCCUGAGCUGCGACAUAAUCUCCGACUGAUCAUUGAGACAAACAAGAGCGAACUAGAUCAUUUGGCUCGUGAAGCCCUCAAUGUCGAUCAGCAGCGCAAAUGGAACCUCAGAGAAGCUACGAAGGCACGAGAAGCUGCCGACUCGGAGGCAAAGAGGGUCAGCCGGCUACAGCAGAUCCUUGAGAUUGUCAGCGAGGUUGAGACGAUCUCGAAAACGGCGACGCAAGAUCGACAGACCCUUGCUGAACGCGCAGAUCUCUUUGCGGACGCAUUCGAACGACUUGCAGGCGGCUAUCACGCGGAACUUUCCGAAUAUCGACUCGACGAGCUCGUGGUUGGCGCGCUGGCACCUCUCUUGCGUAUCGCGUGGUCAGAAUGGGAGCCACUAGUGCAGCCGGUUCUGGGCAUCGCUGAGCUCAAACGGUGGCGGAGUCUGCUUGGUGUCGAUGCUCAUUCAGUCACUGACGCGCAAGGUGACGCUCGCACAAUGACUGCAUACGAGACUUUGAUCUGGACUCUGUGGCUUCCCAAAGUUCGUUCCGCGAUCAACAAUCACUGGCAACCUCAAGACGCUGGGCCUGCCGCUUCGUUCUAUCUGACCUGGCAGGCCGUCCUGCCAGAAUUCAUCAAAGGCAACGUUCUUGAGCAGCUCAUCCUGCCCAAGCUUUCAAAAGCGGUACACGACUGGACCCCGAGCAGCUCCGUCAGCCUACAUGAUAUGUUGCUGCCCUGGCUUGAGCAGGGUGACGAUCGCAUGGGCGACCUGCUUGUCGAGGCCAAGCGGCAAGUUGCACAAUGGCUCAAAAGCUGGAAGCCGCGCGACAAAGUCCCUGCAGGUCUUUCCAUCUGGCAAGAGAUCCUCAGCAAGGAUGAAUGGGACACCUUGCUCCUCAAGCAUGUCGUGCCUCGCCUCUCCGCCUCUCUACGCGACUCGUUCAGGAUCAACCCAGGCAAACAAGACCUCGUGCCUCUUGACCGCGUCAUGGCAUGGCAGAAGCUCUUGCGCUCUUCGAUGCUCGCUCAGAUCCUGGAAGCCGAGUUUUUCCCCAAAUGGCUCGAUGCUUUGUUUGUUUGGCUCACGCACGAUAAGGUCAACUUUGACGAGGUUGCGAGCUGGUUCAAGUGGUGGAAGGCGAGCUACUUUUCGAACGAAGUCACCUCGCUGCGUCGCGUCAGCUCAGGGUUUGCUCGUGGAGUCGAUCUCAUGAACAAAGCGCUGGCUCUGGGAGAAGAUGCGCCUUACAAGCUACAACGACCUGACACGCGGCCUCUGCCAUCUCGAAGAGACAGCGUGCAAGCUGAAAAGGCAGCCAAAGCAUCAGCAGUCAAAACGCAAUCUGCCAUGGCGGAGGAAAUUACCUUCAGAGAAGUGCUCGAAGACUUCCUCGCCUCAAAAGACCUUGUCAUGGUUCCCACUGGCAGGUCACACGAGAAGACUGGUCAACAGCUCUUCAGGGUUUCUGCCUCCGUCGACGGCAAGGCAGGCACGACGGUUUACGUCUAUGACGAUGUCGUCUUUGCUCACUCAAAGGAAGGCGAAUGGAAACCAACUGGCAUCGAAGAGCUGGCCAGCAGCGUGCUCUCAUCGAAGUGAUACUGCUGCUGUUGUUGUUGUUGUGAUCUCAUUGCCAUCGGGCUCGUGCAAGAUCCUCUAGCUUGCUUGAGAGUAGCAGAUGGGAACGAUGAGCAAAGCCUGGGCUGAUCGCCUUGAGCAGAUCAUCGAGCGUCUCUGCGUGCGCGACAGGCUGGUCGCACUGCCGAACAAGCUCAACCCAAGCGCUCCUGAGGCUUCUGUGACUUAUAGCAUACCUCGUAGCCCCGCAAGGACAGGCGAAUGAGCACUUUGGCAGCUCCCUCGUCGAUCAGCUCCACUUCAGCCUCUGCCUCUUCAAUCCCGCUCGGCAGCAUGUUCCAUGCCAUGAUAGCAUAGCCACAUUCCGUCAGAGCUCUGUCCAGCUCCUGCUUCAAGGGCGGCGGCUCGUUCAUCUCGACUCAGCGAAGCUAGCGAAGCAGCUGAAG